AUGGAUGUAUCCAAUGAGAAUGCCAACUCUAGUAUUAUGACAAUGGAAGCAAAUUUUUUCAUGUGCAUAAUAGUUGUCUUCACACAAGUCAGACCUGUGAACAAUCCAGAAUCGUCAGCAUAUCUUUUUAGCGGGUUUUGUAGACACACUCAUAAAAAUGCUUGCUUUUUCAGUUUUGAUUUUUUCCAGUUAGUCUUUGAUGCCUCGUCCUUUGCAAUUCCUGCUACAUUGUUUUACAAAUAUACAAAAGUAACAAAUAUUAAUAUGAAAAACAUAACUAAAAAUCAAAUCAGAAUGAUUCUUUUAAGCUCUUACCUUCUAUCUUUAAUUGUGGGGGUGAUCUAUGUGAUAACGUACGAACCAGACGAAUCUCUUGAGGUUGCUUCAGAGACCAGGAAGUUUCAUUCAACACAAUAUGAUUUCCGGUACUAUGCGGAUAUCACUGGAUAUCAAAAACAUUUUUGGAGCUGGUUAGCAACAAAUUUGAAUAUGAUAAGCAUUUUCGUCCCACCAAUCAUGAGUAUUGUGUUUAUUAGACUAAUACAAAUUAAACUCAACAGUUUAAAACAUUUAUUUACUGAUAAAACUGCUGCUCAAGCCAAGAAGUUUGAUCUUGCUUUGACGAUUCAGACACUUGUCCCUGCAGUUUGUGUGAUUCCUAUAUACAUAGCUCACUUAAUACUUGAGAAUUAUGACUUGCCGUUUCUCUCAAAUUUUGAAAAAGUUCUAUAUAUGAUGCUUUCUCUUCCAACAGCUAUUGAUGCGUUCAUUGUUAUUGUCACCAUCACACCGUACCAAAAAGCCUUUAUUGCGUUUUUCAAGGAUACGUUUUGUGGCAAAAAAGUUUCACCUGCAAUUGUUAGACGUAACAAUAUUUCGGCUGUUUCCAUUUUUUGA